UGCUGCUGCGGUACUGCCGCUUGUUCUUUGUGCUGCAAAUGCUGCCCCAAGAUAAAGCAAUCAACCAGCACCCGCUUCAUGUAUGCGCUUUACUUCAUCCUGGUGACUAUCAUCUGUUGUGUUAUGAUGUCAACAACGGUAGCUAACGAAAUGAAAACACACAUUCCCUUCUACAAGCAGAUGUGCAAGGGUAUUCAGGCGGGUGAGAUGUGUGAGAAGUUGGUGGGAUACUCUGCGGUGUACAAAGUCUGUUUUGGAAUGGCUUGUUUCUUCUUUUUGUUCUUCUUGUUCACCAUCAAAAUUAACAGCAGCAAAAGCUGCCGAGCAUACAUUCAUAACGGAUUCUGGCUCAUUAAACUUAUCCUUCUGGCAGCAAUGUGCUCAGGAGCCUUCUUCAUUCCUGAUCAGGACACUUUCCUCAAUGCCUGGCGCUAUGUAGGAGCAACAGGAGGUUUCCUUUUCAUUGCCAUUCAACUCAUCCUGCUUGUUGAGUUCGCACACAAAUGGAAUAAAAAUUGGACUGCAGGUGCAAACCACAAGCAGAUGUGGAAUGGUUUGCUUGCCUUGGUCACUCUCAUCUUGUACUCCAUUGCCGUGGCAGCCCUGGUCCUCAUGGCUCUCUUCUACACACGCUCGGAGGGCUGCACGUACAACAAGGUUCUGAUCGGUGUUAACGGUGGCCUGUGCCUCUUUGUGUCUCUGGUGGCCAUAUCACCCUGUGUCCAGAAUCGCCAGCCCCAUUCUGGUUUGCUGCAAUCUGGAGUUAUCAGCUGCUAUGUCAUGUAUCUCACUUUCUCAGCACUAUCCAGCAAGCCACCAGAAACUAUCCUGGAUGAAAACAAUCGGAACAUCACAAUCUGUGUACCUGAAUUCAGUCAAGGCCUGCACAGAGAUGAAAACCUGGUUACUGGCUUAGGUACUACCAUUUUGUUUGGCUGCAUUUUAUAUUCCUGUUUGACCUCAACAACACGUGCAAGCUCAGAAGCGCUGAGGGGAAUAUAUGCAACACCUGAAACUGAAGUAGCGCGUUGCUGCUUUUGCUGCGUGCCUGACGGAGACGCCGAUUCUGAAGAGCACACUGAAAAAAGGGGAGGCCAGGCUGUGAUUUACGACGAGAAGAAAGGCACGGUGUACAGCUACGCCUACUUCCACUUCGUUUUCUUCUUGGCUUCGCUCUACGUGAUGAUGACAGUGACUCAUUGGUUCCAUUACGAAAGUGCUCAGAUUGAAAAAUUCUUCACCGGAACGUGGUCCAUCUUCUGGAUUAAGAUGGUUUCCUGCUGGGUUUGUGUCUGUCUGUACUUAUGGACUCUUAUUGCUCCACUGUGUUGCCCAACCAGAGAGUUCUCAGUGUGAACACUCAGAA